AUGGCUUUACGGGGUCUUAUUGCCCGCGGAGUCCCCGCCACUCCCAAGUUCCUGAUCUACGUCAAGGGAGCAAUUAUUCUGCUCUCUAUUAUCAUUCUGGCGCUAGCUGCGUACGCGAUAUCGCUCUAUAGCGAUGGUUCUUAUCAGUACUCGACCGGUAUGCCAGGCUUUUUGAUCUUCCUCGCAAUUCUAUCACGGCUUGUCUACGGUAUUUCCGCUGCAAUCGAGCUCAAGGCACCUAGGUUCUACUACCGUAUCGUCGUACUUGUGGCCUACUUCCUGACCACCGUCUUCUGGCUGGCAGGCUGGGCCUGGGCCGCAUCCUGGGCUGCAUAUAUCCUCUCUUUCAACAGCGCCUAUCCGGAAGGCGUCCAAUAG